AUGAAAGAGAAAAAAAGAUAUGGAACUUUUGAUAAAAAAUAUACAUUACUUGAAUUAUGUUGUUACCACGGAGCAGUUGAUUGUUUCAAGUUUUUAAGAACAACAUAUGAUUCAACACCAAAUAAAGCAUGUCUACGAUUUUCAUUUUUAGGUCGAAACAAAGAGAUCUUGAGUGAAUGCUUGAAAUAUGAAAAACCAGAUGAUGAAUGCAUGAAAUAUGCAAUUAUUUCGCACAACAUUGAUUUUGUUACAUUCUUGAUGAAUGAACAUAAAAUGAAAAUCAAUCCAUAUGAUUGUGGGCUUUAUAAAAAUCUCGAAUCAUUUUUGGUUUAUUACGAUCAAAUUCAUAAUUAUCACAAAUGUAUUGUUCAUUCCGCGAUGUUCGCUAUUCCAUCUCUUUUGGAAUAUUUUGUUUCACAUGGUGGAUAUAUCAAUAAAAGUAAUCAACGUGGAGAUACAGCUCUUCAUUAUGCAGCACGUUUUAAUAGUAAAGAAAUGGCGGAGCUUCUUCUUUCAUAUGGUGCAUAUAUCGACAAAAUGAAUAAUUUGGAAGAAACACCUCUUCACACUUCAGCAAUCUACAAUAAUAUGGAAGUAGCCGAAUUUUUUAUUUCCCAUGGUGCAAGCAGAUGGUUGUCUUAA